AGAGAAGAAAGAACCCUGAGAGCCGCUGGGGUUAGAGGUGGGAGAACACCAUUCAACAGUCGGAAACCACGCCCCUUUCCCUGGGCGCAGUUUCCUCUGGAAAAAGAAGAUGCUGGCUGCUCCGUGAGUCCCCUUUUGGCUUCGGAAUAAUAUGACUGGGUCCUCAAUCUGGGUAGCAGGAUGCUUCUCUGCGCCUUCCCACUCCCCAAUGCUUGGGAGAUCCAUCAGAAGGAGGUGGGCCCCACCAUGGUGGGUGAUGAGCACUCCGAUCCAGAACUGAUGCGGCAUCUGGGGGCCUCAAAAAGAAGCGUCCUGGGAAACAACUUUUGGGAGUACUACGUCAAUGACCCUCCUCGAAUAGUGCUGGACAAGCUGGAGCGCAAGGGCUUCCGUGUGCUGAGCAUGACAGGGGUGGGCCAGACACUGGUGUGGUGUCUGCACAAGGAGUGACCCUCCCACACUAAGGAGCAGCAGUCACCCCUUCUUUGGAGCGGUUGCCAUGGGCCCUGACCCCAAGAUCCUGCCUCACUCACCGGCCUGUCCUUUCUUCCCAAAUCGUCAUUUUCCUCCACCCAGUACCACCGGGCAAUGAAUGGCUUUCUCUGAAACCUGCCUCAGCCAGUGGGGGGAGGACAGGGCCCCUGGCCCUGGUGCUCCCAGCUGCCCCUCCAGCUUCAGGCCUGGCGCGGGCCCUGGAGGACGCUGUGUUCUGUGGCAGGCUGAGGGGCAGGCUCCCUGGCAGGGAGCUGGGUGCCCCCGCAGAGCAUGGCUCCAGGACUGGGCGGGUGGGUCCUGCGUAGCCAGUCCAAGCCAAUAAACGGCUGUAAUGAGUGGUUGCU